UAUUCCGUGAUAGAAUUGGAAGUACGCAGGAAGAAUGUGAUAUCUAGAAGAUACAACCCCAGUGUAAAUGCUGUAGCAACCGCAUCACAUCUACAGUUAUGGGAAUCACUUUUCAUGUCUACACAUGAAAACCUGCAUCAAGGAUAUAUAAAAAAUGGCAAAAAACUCCCGGAUGUUGUUGACGUACCGAUACUUCCUUUGAAUGACAAACGAGACGUGGUAAAAGAAAGGUCAAGGACAGCUGAAGAUAGGGCGGUACAAGAGUUUUUCCCAGAGGAUCGUACUCUUAGUGGAUAUAUAGUGUACGACUGUAGCACACAACAUUCUGGUUUAUGUGGCGGAUGGUCGGAUAGAAUGUCAGGAAUACUUAGUACCUUUGGCAUAGCAAUUAUAUCCCGUCGCCAUUUUAAGAUCAAUCAUGAUAAGCCGUGUGCCUUUGACAACUUUCUUGAGCCAAAUAGGUAUAACUGGACAUUUGACAAAUCUGAAAUACCAACGAACUCUGAUUACAUGUACUUAAUUGACAAUAACUCUAAAAAUCUCAGGGUUCUGUCUUUGAAAACAAAACAUCUAGAAAAUGCUUUUAAAACAAAUGUAACUUUCAUACGAAUGAACUGGGAUAUGACACUGGAUUUUAGAAAACGACCAGAUAUCGCAGAAGACUUUCCGUGGGUAACAAAACUUCAGUAUGCUGAUAUAUAUUACGGAUUGUAUCAUUACCUCUUCAAGCCCGGUAAAACGGUUCUACACGAAUUCGCUAACUUACAGAAAAGGAGGAAGCAUGAAUUAUUAGCAUGUGCUCAUGCACGUGCAGGAGACCCUGGUAGUAAGCGGCGAGAUUUUUCAUAUAUUUGGAAGUUUCUCUCGAAAUUAGACCGGUCGAAAUAUGAUAUUUUCAUAGCCUCAGAUCAGCAAUAUGUUCGGGAUGCUGGCAUUGACUCGCUCGAAGGAUAUGAUGUCAUUACCACGCCGGGUGUAUUAGGGAACAUGGACAUUGGUUCAGUUGGGUGUGACGUGUUAAUGACAGGUAUGGUGGACUUCAACACCCUGACGACAUGCGACCUGCUUGUGAUCACUGACAGUGGGUUCAGUAUAUUAUCGGCUUAUGUAAGAGGCACCUCCGACAAUCUGUACUGUAUGGGAGAUAAUGAUGUGUUCCCUUGCUCCCGAAACACACUAGAAGAUAUUUAUCCAGGCAACAUGCUUGCUCCACGAUUACAAUGACGUAUUGAAUGAAGCAACGACUAUGCGAAGGGCAAAUAUACCUUCAAACAGUGAAAAUUACACUCUUUGUGUCACUGUGCCUUAUUUGUCUUUAAAUGAAAAACGCAAAUUAAGACACACGGAGUUCCUUUACGAAAAUAUUGAGUCUCUGGCAUGCUAUUGCUGCGAUAUCGCCGCGUGUUUAGAUUUCGUAUGCAAAUUAGGUUUCCGGCGAUAUAGCCAGAAUGUUCUGGUUUACUUGCGGAACGAUAUAGACAGAAUGUUCUGGUGCACUUGCGGGACGAUAUAGACAGAAUGUUCUGGUUCACUUGCGGGACGAUAAGCAAGAUUGGUAUUCCAACAAUCAGAAAUAUAUGACAAUAUUGCAACAGGGUUUUGGAGUAUAUAGUUUAGAUUAUAAUUCAUAGCUUAUAUCGAUCAGAUAUUGGUUACAAAAUUCAACAUAUAUGUAUACAUAUUAUUUCACAAUGUAAUAUUUGUUAAAAAUAUUUAUCAAUAAUGUAAAUAUAUUGUAUAAGUAGGAACAAUUUUAUAAGAAACAUGCAGUGCUGUAUAGAAGCAACAUGAACUUCUGUACGGAUAUUACAGCAAGACAUGAAACAAGAUUUUGAUAUGAUGUACUACACUGCUAGAUCAUAACUGGUACAUAUUGUAGAAUUGUGUACGACACAAUUUAAACUUGAUAUUGUUGCAGGAAAAUGCACUACAGUUCAUUUAAGAUUUUACAUGUUUUGUGAUCAUGGAUUAUGAAAAAAACAGAAGAAAACAUAAUUUACAUUAUACCUUAUAAGACUCGAAACAUCACCAGAAUAUGUUAUCUGUUGUGCACUUCUGGCGAUGUUCUAGUGACAUUCUGCUGAUAUGAAAUGUGUGCCAGAACAUUACCAGAAUGUCACCGCUAGCGGCGAUCUGGCAACAUGUUCUGGCGAACUUAUGUGUGCGUCGCGAUAUAGCUGCAAACUUUUCUAUUUCUGUAAGGGUUUUAAUCAAAAUGGAAAAUAAUUCUUAGUUAAAGAUAUUUGUCUAUCCACGUUAAAUAUGCGUUUGUUUCUUUAAAGGGACUAUAAUGGUAAAAAUGACUGUUAAAAAAUAUCAUAAAAAGAAACAAUUGAAAAAAAUACCACCAAACUUACACUUAUUGAAAGUGACUGCCAGUAUAUUUGAUAAAUGCUAUGUUCUUUUGAAAUCAAAUUCUUCGCAUGCGUUUAUCCGAGAAAGAAAACUAACAUUUUUAUUAACAUGGCGAAACUGCGAAGCCAGAUGGAGUCUUUCAUGACUGAGAAAGUACAUAAGCUAGAAUGGGGGGAUACAUACCUUGUAAAAGCAAGCCAAGAAGUUACCUUAGACAUGCAGCCGAUAUAUCUAGAAACAGACAAAACAAAGAUUGAUUCCGACUUUAUAGCCGCCAUUUACAGUAGGUGAAGCUACCAAACACGCAGUGAAUGUCAUGAUAGAGUGACGAUUAUCCAAUCUUGGGGCACCAUUAGGGAUAAUUUAGCAGUGUUUCACGCAAUUAAAGAAAUGAAAAUAAUGCAUUUUUAAAAAAUGAAACUAGUCGCCAGUAUAAAAAGUGUAUUUUUGAAUUUAACGCAUAUCAUGUGUUUGUGUUCCAGAAGCUAUUGAUGUCAUCUUGCAUUCUUGAGGAGAAUGUGCAUUCCAGGAACACAUAGGUUAGCACGGGCUUCAACCUCCCGGUCAUUUAAAGUUUGUUUUGUUUUCUGUUACAAAAUAUCAGAAUUAUGAUGCAUCAUUAUGUUGUAUCAAACACAUCUGCGAGCAAAUGCACACAUACUUACAAGAUGUAAACAUUUGAAAAGGUUACUAAACUGAUAUAAGUAAAAAUCACAAAAAGUCCGUUUACUCUUGCGUCUCAAUGUUUUUUAUUACUGCUAACAGAACUUGGGCCUCUUAAAAGCGUCAAUGCCAUCACGCUACAUGUUCUUAAAAGUGCUUAAGAUUGCUGAUCCCGUAUCUUAGAUGCCAGAAACCAUAGCCUAUUCAUUUGUUCUGCUUUUGGAAUGUUUUACCUCCUAACCUACAAAAUUGUCUCAUCGUAUAUUCUUUAUUAAGCAAUAAUAUAAUACUUCAACAUUUCAUAAAAUGUUAUUCCAUCAUUUUAUGUCCCUCUUCUCUUUUGUCUAAGGGAACUGUUGUAACCUUCGUAUUCGAUAGUCGCUAAAAUAGAUAAAUAAAAUUUAAGACCGCUAAUACAUUUUGCUAUCUCGAAUAAAUACUACGGUUUGCAGAAACAGUAAAGAGUAAUAAAAGUAAUGUUGAUAUUUCAACUGGCUCUGGUAUGCUGAUCGGGAUGUGGUAUGCUGAUGUACUAAGCCAAUACAUUGUAUAAUCCGCUAAUAUUUGUAAGAAUACCAAUGUAUACCAUUUUGAUAGAAAUCAACUUUCAUUGAAGUGACGCUAUUAGAGAAGACAUCGAAAACAUUUUCAUACAUUUUAGGAUCCCUAUCCAACUGCACUGUUUACUUUCGUCAAUACAGUGACCUCUCCUUAAUUUUGUUUUGGGUAUAACUGUAUCACAUCUGGACCAGUACACGUACGUUAACCAGGUAGCUUAGUAUGUUGGAACGAUAGAUAUGAAUCUGAAAUGCAGGAUUCGAAAAACAGAAGAGCCCUGGUGAUCUUUUUGCACUGGAGGAUACUGCUUUUUGUUAGAUUUUGUUUAUUAUUUUUCAUUGAAACCUCACAAGGUAUGGUUUUCUUUUCAAUUUGGUUUGGUUACGUA